CAGAAGCUGUGGGUGGGCUCAGAGGGUUCAGAGCCUGAAGUACAGCUGUCCGUGCCGAUUGCAGGGCAGAGCCGGCAUCCUGGCUCGACUCAAAGGGCAGAGCGGAAGAAAUCUUGGAAGAGGCCAAGGCGGGCACCAUGGGCCUCCCGUUCCUGCUCUGGCUCUGUGUUCGGCUGUGCGUCCCCCGCCACGCAGUCCUCAGUGGAGAUGAUAGAACUAAAACUCAGAAAUCUUUCCUUUCACCAACUGAACUGCACGCUGUGAGUACGACGGAAGCAACGACGACGUCUCCCCGGAGGAGCAGAGAGGGGCCAGGGGCCCCCGGGAUCGCGCUCCCCGUCGUCUCGGGUGUGAUCGUCCUGCUCGCUGCCUACCUCGUCUACAAAUACGCCCGGUGCGGUUGGUCCCGGAGCGCGGAGCGGCUGGGGGUGGCGGAGCCAGACACCGCUCAUCGCCCUCCUCGCCUCUUCUGUAAACCAGGAGCAGCUCCUGACGACACGCCCCAAAGCUCCAGCUCUUCCAAGGAGCCCGAGGAGGGGGCCACAGUCAGAUCGACCGGGGAAGAUACCAUGUCUUCCACUCAGGACAUCGAGACAGCCGUGCCCCUGCAACCGCAGACACUCGGAAAGGAGGACCCCGGGACGGCUUCCGGAAGGGGCCUGAACGCGGGGUGCGUCUGCAGCUGGGAGGAGCUGCCCCUCUGCUCGAGCCACCCCCACCACCUCCCUCCAGCCCAGGGCUGGGCGCACAGCUGGGGGCUCGGGGAGCCUCCCUCCCGGGGUUGCUCCCCGCCCCCCUUUGAUGUGGCCAAGCUGCCUGGGCCGGGGCCCCACCCAUCUACCGGGCUCAUGCCCCAGGGCGAGCGCUGCGGGCAGAGUUUGUGUCCCACAACUGAACAUAAAAGGGUCCUUUCAGCCCGUGUCCAGGGACCCCCGCGUGUGCCCCAGAAUCUCCAGGGUCUGGAGGGUGCAGCGCUCCUGUCUGCGCGGGAGGAGCCCUCGCACUCAGGGGUUCGUCUGUCCAACGCCCGAAGUGUGAAGAGGGAGAUGAGGGCUGGCGGUGAGCGGGAGCCCCAAAGCCAGCACAGCGCGGCUCCUGCAACCCAGGGUGGAACGAGGCCGCCCGUCCUCCCGCCCGCCCAGCAGAGCCUCCCGUCCCUCGGCAGCCGACGCCGGGGUGGUCCUUGA